AUGGAUGGAGAGAAUGAACGGACCGAGAGAGGUUGGAGAGAACCGGCCUCGUCGAUUCUAGCCUCGCAUCUUGCACCGCAUUUGGCAACACAGGGCUAUGAAUCUAUAAGCCGCGAAACUUUUGCGCAACUACGCCAGGAACUUCUGGGCGAGACCCAUCAAAUACGCGUGGAAGAAGAUGUGACUGACGUCAAUAAACUCAUUUGCAUUGUCCUCAAGGCCGGUCUCGAGAUUAGCCCCCAUGGGGAUGCCCAAGGAUCGGACCUGCAAGGGCAAGUUCUGGACUGCCUGGACAUCAUUCGAGCCAGCAUUGAUAAAGCCCCGCAAGCCUUGUGGGCACCAUGUGAUUCAUUGAUCUUUGCCGAGGACGUUCAUGUUCCUCUGCAUACAUGGCUGGUUCUUCGACUCAUCCGACUGGCGAAUACCUGGACCUCCGACGCGGUACGCGAGAAGAUCCAACUGAUCUGGGCGAGUCUAGCGUAUAUCCAAUUCAAACAGGCACGUCCUGUUCCCGCCAGCUAUGCUGUUUCUGCCUUCUUGCGCGCUUGCACGUCAGGUUUGUUGACCAUUCCCCGCCCAGUGAAGAGAGUGAGACUGACGGCCUCCAAAGAUAUUCUUGUAUCGCUUGAAACCUCACGGAAAAGUGGCCCCUGGGACGACGGAUCCCAUGGUCUAUCAUUACCCUCAACGCAUGGAUCACUGAUGCAAGAUGUUGAAAACCUUGAUAUAUCUUCGGGUUUGUUCAAACAGACAACCGCUCUUGGGGGAUUCUCGCAGGCAUCAUCUCUAGCAUGUAGAUUGUUAGAUGCAUUCAAUCCCAGGGAUGAGAUGCAAACUCGAGUAAAACACCAAGAUCUCAUCGUUCGCCAAAACUUUGCCUGGAUGCUGAACGGAUUCCACCGCCUCAGGAGAGUCAUCAUUGACUGGGUGCAAACGGCGAGAACCCAAAUUGCACCAGAAGACGAGAAUGUGUUGUUGCAAUAUCUGAAAUAUUUGCACCGUUGCAACGCCCCGGAAUCGACAUACUCGGGUCUCCUGCCUAAUAUGAGCUUGAUUUCGGCAUGGUCGCAGUGCUUGUGCGGAUUUCUGGGUUUGGACGCGAUCGACAAAUUGCCUUCUGUUCAGGCUUUUUUGGGUUGUCUGCUAGAUGAUUUAUUGCAGAUUACCCAAAGCCCCGACGCAUUGGUGCCACAACUGAUGGAAUCUCUACUUCCAGCUCUGAUCGAGGUUAAGAACAAACAUCCUGUCUUCCAGUCCCUCGAGCCUUCCCUUCAGUCCGAAGAACAUCACCGGAACUCGGGGGAAACAUUUCAGAAAGCCGAAAUCCCCCAGAACACGAAGCCACAGGAGGAGAGCAGAGCCUCGAAGCGAUUGUGUCUUCUCGUCUUUCCGAAUGCGUCUACUGAUCAUGAUUUGUUCAAGAUGCUUGUAGAAAAGGUAUCUUCUAUUCUUCAGUCUGACUCUAGUGAAACUGUGGCAGAUCUGUGCACCUCAAUUCAGACCUCGUAUGAAACCCUUUCGGAUUCCCAAAAGAAUGAAGUUCUGGAUUCAUUGGGGAGAAUAGCGUGUGCAGCAACAGGGAAACUCUUGAAGCACUCAUCUGAAGUAAUCGUCCGAGACACGCUCAUCUGUCAAACAUGCGAUGUCGAACAGCCUGUCUAUGAGCAUUCCGAUCAAGGGCAAUAUCCCGUCUUUGAGGAUAUCUGGUUCCUCUUAAAUUUCAUCUUACCUAGACUAACACGCAUUCCUGGCCCACGAAUAUCCGCCAUGGUAGCACUGAGGAGGAUUCUGAUGCAUGCUCCCAACUCAAGUCAAAUGCAUAUUUCAACUUCGGCUGCCGGUGAAUUCUGUCUUCAUUCUCUCCGAAGCUCGAUCAGGGAAUUGCGUAUCGCAACUGGACAUUCAGUGGUGGCCUUUGUGAGGUCAAAUCUGCCGAUCGAGACCCGUCGAGCCAAUUUCGUCGUUGUUCUCGAAUGGCUUAGGAAUCUCUCGGGGAAAGAUGGCAAAGAUGACACGCCUUUGCAAGAAGCUUGUAUCAUGACGCUCUGUGGUUUGGCACUGUAUGCUCUUAAUCCCAUACGCACUUUCUCUGUGUCCUGGGACUCACACAUGCAUGUUUCUAGAGUCUCAGAAGAUGAAGAGAAGAACAUCAUUCUUCUUCGGUUGUUGGAGUACCUCGGUCAUCCAAAUCCAUAUGUCUGCGCAGUCGCAUACAACGAGUUAUCCAAGCUCGCUCAACGAUUUUCUCUGACGCCAGCCGGCCUCUUUCGGCCUUACUGGAGGACCCUAUCUGUGACUGUCGUCAAGAAUCUUCAAUCCCGCCCACAUAUGGCCGAACAGUUAUGUGAUCUGCUUGGAAUGAAAGUCGAUGGCUUCCUACGGUUGACAGAAAUCCAUGUUCUACCUUAUCUGGUGCUCACACGAAAACGGGACAUUAUCUGCAGAAUUGGGGCUAGUCGCAACGAAGGCGAAUCUGCGUUUGAUGUCUGCUCGGAAAAGAAUAACCUAGCUGCAAUUCUUGCGUUCCUUCUGUCCCAGCAAUCAGACAACCCUGAGGCUAUGAUCAUGUCUCUCCUGGCAGAGAUUGAUCCCGCCUUCAAGGGUCGAUCUUUAGCGGAGCUGGUCAGAAUCGAGCCCAUUCUCAUUGCCUGUGACCUGUUGAAGAGUUUGAGCGAUGCGGCUGAGCAAAACAAAGAGAGAUUCAGUCAAGCUCUCCAUAAAUUGGCAACGUUUGUCCCACGGAAGAUUCCGCACGGUGGCACGUCGAAAAAAGCAGAUCUUAGCCAAUUCAUCGAGGAGCAUGUCCUCGGUAUCAUCACACAGUUUGCAAAUGCCAUCAACGACUUCCAAGUGAGACAAACGCUAGCGGAGAAAAGAAGAAACAUCAAGGCUAUCGAAGAAAUGAUCAAUAUUGCACAGGGGCAUGUAAGCAGUGCAUUGCCUCAAGUUUGUGCUUGUCUCCGGUCCGCCUUGGACAUCGAGGAACUUUGCGACUACGCGUUUUCUGCAUGGAAGACAUUAAUUAGCUCUCUUAGCGAAGAGGAUCUAGAGCCCAUAAUCGAUCAAACGCUGGCAAUCGUGAUCAGAUAUUGGGCCAAUUUUACUGAGGAGAGCCGAGACCGCGCAUUCGAACUCAUCGAUCACAUCCUGGCAAAUCACUCUGCGCUUGUGCGAGACACCUUCAACACGAUGCCUUCUCUUGCGUCAAUCCCCGAGCUGGCUCCCUUUGAAUCCAAGAUCAACGACCUGAGGGCGCAAAUGGAUGUUCGAAGCCGAUUUCUAGCUCUCAUCCGCCGGUGCCAAAGCGAAAAUUCAACUGUUGUCGAACAAGCGUUAAAGGAGCUCACCCCUUUCCUAUCGGCCAAUGAGGAGUUUCUCCAUGACUCGGUUCUGAGUGAACAACCAGACCCUGUGAUUUCGCAGCUAACGAGAUCAUUGUUGGACUGCUGCGUCAAGUUCAGCACUAACUCUGACAGCAUUACCUUACUUUCGGCGCGAUGUCUGGGGCUUGUUGGCUGCCUGGACCCAAACAGAGUGGAGACGAUCAAAGAGAAGAAAGACAUACUCGUAUUGUCCAAUUUCGACAGAAUGGAAGAAACAGUUGCAUUCAUUCUGUUCUUCCUCCAGCAUGUGUUGGUUGAGGCGUUCUUGUCUGCUUCCAACACUAGGGCCCAGGGGUUUUUAGCAUGGGCCAUGCAAGGUUUACUCAAAUUCUGCAAGCUAAAUGCACUCUUGACGCAAAGAUCUCGCGACUUACAGGGGGACGAAAAGCAUCAACGCUGGAUGGAGCUUCCGGAAAGUGUUAGAAAUACGCUCACACCAUUUCUCACAUCGACCUACACCGUCACUGUUGUAACCAACCAUACGGAUGUCAAAUACCCGCUAUUUUCACCUAAUAUGACGCACAGUGAAUGGCUUCGCACAUUGGUGCAAGAUCUUCUACAGACGGGGAACGGAGACAAUGCCAGGAUGGUUUUCUCUAUCUCAAGUCGUGUGGUAAAAGGUCAAGAUAUUUCCAUAUCGUCGUUCCUUCUACCGUUUGCCGUCCUUAAUCGCAUUGUGGGAGGAACCGAGCAAGAGAAGCUGGAUUUGCAAAACGAAUUGAUGAGUGUGCUGUCGCAUCCCAUUAUCGAGACGAAUAACAAUGCUCGUGAGACAAUUAUAAGUAGCAGCCAGGUGAGGUUUCUGAGUGUCUUCGAAAUCUUAGACUACCUAUCCAGGUGGCUUCAAGGAAAGAAGAAACACCUCAAUGGUGUUAGCCACGGCUCCAACCAUUCGAGUCGAUCAUACAAAGAUCUCAGUCGCGACGCUCUCAUUGAAAAAUACUCUUCGCAGAUCAAGUCUGUGGAAAGUGUGCUCUCCUCGAUCCCACCAGAGGUCAUCUCCAAACGGGCCGUUGAGUGCAGAUCAUUUUCGAAAGCACUUUUCCAUUGGGAACAAUACAUUCGAAAAUCUAAGGCCCAUGCAGAAACAGAAGAGCGAGCGAGCCUAGAGCCACUGUAUCAAAGGUUGCAGGAUAUUUAUAGUCAGAUCGAUGAACCGGACGGCAUAGAAGGUAUUUCAAGCCACUUGUCCGCAUUGGACAUUGACCAGCAGAUCCUCGAGCAUCGAAAAGCAGGAAGAUGGGCAACCGCGCAGAGUUGGUAUGAAUUGCAGCUCGAGAAGGAGCCUGAAAACAUUGAUGCGCAAUGGAAUCUCGUCACUUGUCUCAAGGAAUCUGGCCAACAAGAUGCUAUUCUCACCCGAUUCGAGGUUCUCAAAGAAAAUGAGUCAUCAGCCUCUCGUUUCCUUCCUUUCGCGGUUGAGUCGUCAUGGAUUAUGAGCAGAUGGGAUAAGCUCGAGGGUUAUCUGGAUCUGUGUGCUAAGCAGGGUACUGAGGAGUUCAAUGUUGGCAUCGGAUCCGCUCUUGACGCUCUGCGAAGAAAGCAAAUCGGCCUGUUUUCCGAUAAAAUCAACGGACUCAGACUUUCAGUCGCUCGGUCACUGACCACAAACUCGGCUGCAUCACUUCAAUCAUGCCAUGAUGACAUGCUCCGUUUACAUGCACUGUCUGAAGUUGAAUCAAUUGCCAAGGCGGAAUCGGCUUCUUCCCACCCAGGCCUGCUCUCUGCCCUUGACAGACGACUCGAUGUUCUGGGGGGGUAUCUUACCGACAAGCAAUAUCUUCUCGGGUUGAGGAGAGCUACGAUGGAGUUGUCAGGGGAAUUUGUUGACUCUGAUAUCUCUGCGGCGUGGCUCACUAGCGCUCGUCUUUCGAGAAAAGGCAACUUUAGUAGCCAGGCGUAUCACUCGAUGCUGAACGCUGCGCGGUUAAAGGACAGAUCUGCCACCAUCGAGCAUGCACGGCUCCUUUGGAAAGAUGGACAUCAUCGGAAAGCAAUUCAGACGCUCGAGGGUGCGAUUUCUGCCAAUGAAGCUGGCCCCACCACCUCUUCGGCUUCGGUUGAUGUGGAAACAAUGUCGUUCCUCUCAGGCCGCGGACAACACCAGAAUGAGUCUACUGCCCUUAGAGCGCACUAUUAUCUAGGGAAGCACUACAACAAAAUCUUGGAGUCUGAAAAGGCCAAGCCCAUGGGCAAGGAAGCCCAGAUAUAUUUGAGUGGGGAAGCUACAAAGCUUGUCAUUGACAACUAUCUCCGCUCACUAACAUAUGGGACCAAAUAUGUUUUCCAAACAUUGCCCAAGCUUCUGACCCUCUGGCUUGAGCAUGCCUCCAUCGUCGAACAGCCUCUUGACCCGAAAAGAGGCGACAAUGAGGAAUUCCAGAAGCACACAAAAGUGCAACGGCAGAAAAGCCUUGAUGAGAUGCAUUUGCAACUCAAGAAAUUUAUUGAUAAACGACUCCAGGCGGCUUUGCUUUUCACGAUUCUGCCUCAGGUGGUUGCCCGAAUAUGUCAUCCAAAUACCACAGUCUACGACCUCUUGACUCGAAUCGUAGCCAAGGCAGUGAAUAGCUUCCCACAGCAAGGUCUUUGGACUGUGCUUGCUGUCGUCAAGUCCUCUAACAAAGAGCGAGCCUCCAGGGGCUUCACUUGCCUUCAGAAAAUCGUGGAUUAUGGCAGUAAACCAAAGGGAGGAUCUGCCACGUCUGCCGAGAUCCGCCGGAUGAUUUCUCAAGGGACCAAGAUUUCCGAGGAGUUGCUUCAACUAUGCCUUGCUCCGGUUGAAGACAAAGUCUCGAAAGUCCAACUCGGUCGUCACCUGGGUUUCAAUCAUAAAGUCGCACCAUGUCGAUUAGUUGUUCCUUUUCAGGCGAUGUUAAUCCCAAGUCUCCCUGCUAGUCAGAAUAUUGAAUACAUCAAAGGGUUCAGGGCCUUUCCUCGGGAUCCAACAACUAUCGAAGCAAUUAUCGAUGAAGCCCAGAUUUUGAAUUCACUUCAAAAGCCACGCAAAAUCAGUCUGCGUGGAUCUGAUGGGAAAAUCUACAAUGCACUCUGCAAGCCGAAGGAUGAUCUACGUAAAGAUCAACGCCUCAUGGAGUUCAAUAACAUGAUCAACAGAUUCCUGAAGAGAGAUGUUGAAUCAAGCAAGCGGCGCAUGUAUAUCAAAACAUAUGCCGUGACACCUCUCAACGAAGAGUGCGGUCUCAUUGAGUGGGUUGAUAACCUCCGAACAUUGCGGGAGAUCGUCAUCAAGCUGCUACGCGAACGAGGUAUCGCGCCAAAUUACAACGAAAUCAGACACUAUCUGAACGAGAUCUGCGGCGAUCGAUCCUUCGCAAAGCUCCCCUUGUUCACAACGAAAAUUCUCGUCAAACUUCCCCCAGUCCUUCACGAAUGGUUCGUUGAGAUGUUCCCAGAGACCGAGGCUUGGUUCACGGCAAGGUUGAGAUACACCCGAUCUUCAGCCGUCAUGUCCAUGGUUGGAUAUGUCCUUGGUCUAGGUGAUCGACACGGUGAGAACCUUUCCUUCGAGGAGGGCACUGGUGGACUCCUACACGUGGACUUCAAUUGCCUCUUUGACAAGGGUCAGACAUUCGAGAAGCCUGAAGUGGUCCCUUUCCGGUUGACUCACAAUAUGGUUGAUGCCUUUGGUGCCUAUGGAUACAACGGCCCCUUCAGAAGAACAUGUGAGAUCACACUUGGUCUUCUUCGACAAAAUGAAGACGCUUUGAUGACCGUUCUCGAGACUUUCCUGCAUGACCCAACGACCGAUUUCAUUGGAAAGAGACGCCGUACCCAUGUGAAUGUCCCCGACACUCCAGCCGGGGUGUUGGAGGAUGUGCGGAACAAGCUUCGUGGCUACAUGUCCAAGCAGCCUAUCGCCCUCUCUGUAGAUGGCCAAGUGGAUGAACUGAUCCUACAAGCAACAGACAAGAGAAAGCUGGCGUCUAUGUACAUCGGAUGGUGUUCCUUUUUCUGA